ACAUCCGGGCACCGCGGUGGGAGGCUGCAGCGCCGCAGACCGCCUGUGAACAUGGCCGCCGUGGCGAGAUCAGCUUCCACAUCCAGCAACCCGGCCGUCAACACCGCCGGGUCGGAGACCCACAACGGCGGGGAAGAGGACGGGCAGAACCUGUGGUCGUCUAUCCUGAGCGAGGUUUCAACGCACUCCCGGUCCAAAUUGCCAUCAGGGAAAAACGUCCUCGUUAUGGGUGAAGAUGGGGCUGGUAAAACCACUUUGAUUGCGAAACUUCAGGGUAUAGAAGAGUACAUGAAGGGAAGAGGUCUGGAGUACUUAUACUUCAGUGUGCAUGAUGAGGACAUCGAUGAUCUUACCAGAUGUAAUGCGUGGAUCUUGGAUGGUGACCUGUAUCAUAAAGGCCUCCAGAAAUUUGCGGUGUCUACUGACAGUUUAUCAGAUACCGUAGUACUGUUUGUUGUAGACAUGUCGAGACCUUGGACAUCCCUGGACUCUUUGCAGAAAUGGGCCAGUGUAAUUAGAGAGUAUAUUGACAAACUGAAGAUCCCACCUGAAGUGAUGAAGGAAAUGGAGCAAAAAUUGGUGAAACAGUUCCAGGAAUAUGCAGAUCCAGGAGCUGACCUCACUGUUUCUCCCCAGAGAAGAAACCCGUCUGUGCCCGAUGGAGAUGAUGAAAGCAUUGUCUUGCCUCUUGGUGAAAAUACACUUACACAUAAUCUCGGUGUACCAGUUAUAGUAGUUUGCACAAAGUGCGAUGCCAUUAGUAGCUUGGAAAAGGAACACGACUACAAAGAUGAACAUUUCGACUUCAUUCAGUUGCAUAUUCGUCGGUUUUGCUUGCAAUAUGGCGCAGCACUAAUAUACACUUCAAUGAAGGAAAAUAAAAAUCUAGAUUUAUUAUAUAAAUAUAUUGUCCAUAGAUUGUAUGGGUUUCCUUUCAACUCACCCGCUCAAAUUGUGGAAAAGGAUGCAGUAUUUAUUCCAGCAGGGUGGGACAAUGAAAAAAAGAUUGCCAUCCUCCAUGAAAACUUUCAGUCUUUAAAAGCAGAAGACAACUUUGAAGAUAUAAUAGUUAAGCCACCUGUUAGAAAGUUUGUUCAUGAAAAAGAAAUUGCAGCAGAAGAUGAUCAAGUGUUUCUCAUAAAGCUGCAGUCCCUACUUGCAAAGCAACCUCCUGUCGCUGCUGGAAGACCAGUGGAUGCCACCAACAGAGGCCCUGGAGGUUCUCCACGAACACCAGUUCGUUCUGGAUCCAGUAACGUGGCCAGCGUCAUGCCAGUUCCAGCCAACGCCAAGAAGAUCGACCCCAACAUGAAAGCUGGAACCACAAGCGAGGGCGUCUUGGCAAACUUCUUCAACAGCCUGUUGAGUAAAAAGACCGGCUCUCCGGGGGCUGGAGGCGGCAGUCCAGCAGGGGGUGGUAGCUGCGUCCCUGGAUCAGCCAAGAAAUCAGUGCAGAAGCUUGGCUUGACAGAUGUGCAGGCAGAGCUUGAUCGAAUUUCAAGUAAACCAGACACUGAAGCGUCUUCUCCAGCAACUCCAACAUCUCCAGCAGAAGACGAUGAAUCCUGAAGACAGCAGCAGAGCCUCCUCACUUACUGUCCGAGUCUGUCUUCCCUUUUCCGCGACGCGUUACUGCGGGCCACCUAGUACAACCAACUACACAGACUACCUUUAAAGGACAGGUGUACCAUUGUGUGCUUGACUCAUUAAUGUCCUGUCUGUAAGGGAAUUCUGAAUAACUAGCAGCAAGGUUAAAGAUGGAUUGCAUAUGGAAAUGUGAACACUGGCCCACUAAUGCCUUCUGUGUCUGGUUUACAGAGUGUUAUUUAUUACUAUGAAUCUGAUGGUAAUCACUGGAUUUUUUUUGUUUUUUUCUUGUUGAUUGAAGACCAAGAAGUUCAAAUUCUAAUAGUACUUUAACAGACAAGAGAAAUAGAUUUAGGUGGACCUAACUGGAUAUACUCCAGUUGGCCAAAGGCAGUAAUGGGAAAAUAUUUUUCAGGAAACGUUACUUAAAAUCUCAGUAAAAAGUGUUGAGUAGACACAUUGUAUUAUAGAUAAUACAAUUUGGAACGUUUUAAAAGGUGAUUGGAGGAAAAAUGAAUUCCAUAAACUGGAAAGUGUAUUAAGCACUGUAAGUGAAAAUUCAGCUAUUUUGCCCUUGCACUUCUGAGGUACCUUAUUAAAGUUAUUUGAACUUGGGAAGUAACAAAGUAAUGCACUACAUUUGUGGUUUUUUUUGCUAGAACUAAUUACCUCUUGUUCUUUGGCACUGAAUUGACUAAAAGAUACUAUACAUUUGUACAGUCCGAGACUACUUAGCUGCUGUAUAACGGGAAGAAAGGGGUAGAGGUCAGCCUCAUCUGAAGAAUGUAUACUUCGCAACCUGCAAAAUGGUUGGUCCUGUUAUUUCAGAUAAUGUAGUGAUGUUUCUAUUCAUCAGGUAUGUAAUCCUGUAAUAAAGUUGUAUUUAUUCUCA